UAUGGUCAAUAUUGCUCUAGCCCAAUAUACCCGGACACACAAGACUGCAAAACAGAAUUAUAAACACCACAAUGCUGCUGCGAAUGCGUACAACGUGGAGCAGACAGUAGCAGAGGUGCCUCAAGGGCUCCGGAAGUUCGCUGCCAAAACCAGGGUGCCACGAGAGACAAUCCGCCGCCGUGCACAUGGCCAGCCAUCACGGGAGACACGGGCAAAUCGUGAACUACGUAUUCCAGCGGAUGCGGAAGAGGAGAUAGUCAGAUGGAUCGAGGGAUGCUCGGACCGUGCUCGCCCACCCACAAAUCGCAAAAUCAACAAUGUUGCAAACCAAUUCCUCGCAGCACAGCCACGUCCGCCUGGCCAGCCACCUGCGAUGGUUGGAAAGAACUAG